AUAUGUAGAGCAGUUACUUCUCGGACGCUUACCACAAUAGAAGCACAUCAAAAUGACUAAGACAAGAGUUUACGUUAUCGGCGUUGGCAUGACCAAGUUCGAGAAACCAGGUCGCCGCGCUGAUGUUUGUUAUCCCGACUUUGCCAAAGAGGCAGUUACCAAGGCUCUCCAGGAUGCCAACAUUAAGUACGAGGAGGUGCAACAGGCUGUUGUGGGCUAUGUCUACGGCGACUCCACCUGCGGUCAGCGUGCGGUCUAUGAGGUGGGCAUGACUGGCAUUCCCGUCUACAAUGUGAACAACAACUGCUCCACGGGCUCGAGUGCCCUGUAUCUGGGCAAGCAAAUCAUCGAGUCGGGCAACGCAGACUGUGUYCUSGCUCUGGGAUUUGAGAAAAUGGAGCGUGGCUCGUUGGCGUCAAAGUACUUUGAUCGUGCCAAUCCCAUGGAGCGUCACAUUACCGAAAUGGGAGAGCUAACAGAGAUUGGACCUGGACCAAUGGCUGCGCAGAUCUUUGGAAAUGCUGGCAAGGAGCACAUGAAGAAGUACGGCACCAAGCCGGAACACUUUGGAAAGAUCGCUUGGAAGAAUCAUAAGCACUCGGUUAAUAAUCCAUACUCGCAGUUCCGCGACGAAUACACCCUAGAGCAGAUUAUGAAGUCUCCGCAGGUGGUAGAAGGUGUGCUCACCAAGCUGCAGUGCUGUCCCACUUCUGANAAAAUGGAGCGUGGCUCGUUGGCGUCAAAGUACUUUGAUCGUGCCAAUCCCAUGGAGCGUCACAUUACCGAAAUGGGAGAGCUAACAGAGAUUGGACCUGGACCAAUGGCUGCGCAGAUCUUUGGCAAUGCUGGCAAGGAGCACAUGAAGAAGUACGGUUCCAAGCCGGAACAUUUCGGCAAGAUCGCCUGGAAGAAUCACAAGCACUCGGUUAAUAAUCCAUACUCCCAGUUCCGUGAUGAAUACAGCCUGGAGCAGAUUAUGAAGUCUCCGCAGGUGGUGGAAGGUGUGCUCACCAAGCUGCAGUGCUGUCCCACUUCAGAUGGCUCGGGUGCUGCAAUUCUGGCCUCAGAGCAAUUUGUGCGUCGUCAUGGUCUGGAAAAGCAGGCCGUUGAGAUUGUGGGCAUGGAGAUGGCCAGCGAUCCCGAGUCGACCUUUGCUGACAAGAGCCUCAUGAAGAUUGCCGGCUAUGACAUGACUCGCCUUGCCGCUCAGCGGCUGUUCGCCAAGAGCGGUUUCAAGCCACAGGAUGUGCAGGUCGUGGAGCUGCACGAUUGCUUCUCGGCCAACGAGCUGAUCACCUACGAGGCCUUGGGCCUGUGUGGAGAGGGCAAGGCUGGCGAGUUUAUCGAUAAGGGAGACAACACGUAUGGCGGCAAAUUUGUGAUCAAUCCCAGUGGAGGACUCAUCUCCAAGGGACAUCCCUUGGGCGCCACAGGCUUGGCUCAGUGCGCCGAGCUGUGCUGGCAGCUGCGUGGCUUGGCUGAGAAGCGUCAGGUGCCUAAUGUAAAGUUGGCACUACAACAUAAUCUGGGUCUGGGUGGUGCCGUUGUGGUAACUCUCUAUCGCCUGGGCUUCCCUGGAGCGUCCAAAGCAAAGUUGUAAAUUAUGUACAUAUUUGUUGUCUAUGUAAAUAUAUGAAUUGGUAUUUUUUAUUA